UUGGAAUCUAACCUUAUCUUAUCACAACUACAUUGUCACUGCAAAGCACAGCCAUGAAAAGCAGGGAACAGAAACUACACUGAAACAGUUUCUUUAAGAUCGUCCAGCAGACUGGCAAAGAGAAAUCAACACUUUUGAAGUCAUUCAGUGUGUAUGUGUGUAUGAGGAGUUAUGUGCAUCCAGGUGCCACUGAUAGUAGAUUUUUGUUCAUGUGAGACUAUCUGAGAAUUUAUCCAAGACUUUUAAAAGACAAUCUUCACUGCGAAGGUUUCAGGAGAAAAUGCUCCAAUGGAUAACCUCCAGAAAUUUAUCCCAGUCACUUUUAUCCUAUUUGCCUCACUAACAGGACAAGGAGUGUAGUCGGUGGUGGAGGGAGCAGAAGGAGAAAUGGGCACUUUCUUCUCAAUCCUUUCCAGAUGCCAAAGCACCCAUUUGAAAAUCUGAUCCCCUUCUAUGAGAGGAAGAGCAGGUUUUGGCUUUGGUUAUUCUAUUAUAAAGGGCCCAGUUAAUGCAACAGUCCUAGCUGGUUCAGAGGCCCGGUUUAACUGUACUGUGUCACAAGGAUGGCAAAUUAUCAUUUGGCUUUUAAACGGGAAUGCUGUUCUCACAACAACUCACGCUGGAGGAGCUGUUGUAACAAUGGUUCGCUUCACUCAGCAAAAUUAUACCAGUGGUGAGAAUUUUACCUCAGAGCUGAUCAUCCACAACGUCCAACAGAACGAUUCUGGUAAAAUAGAAUGCAGCAUCCAAACUGGUGUCUCCAACAGCUAUGCCUUUCUUUCUGUGCAAGUUAAUGGAUCUUUGUUCAUCAAAGAUCACAACUCGGCAGUAAGAAAGAACGAAACAAUUGAAAUUGUUUGUGAAGCCUUAGGAUGGGCUCCAGCUCCAGACAUGACCUGGAUGAUAAACAACUCUUUUGUAGAUAAGUCCAGGUAUGUCACUAACCACAGUCAAGGCUCUAAUGAUCUUCACAAUGAAGUGAGCACCUUAACUUUGACUCCGAUGGCCAAUGAGACGCUGACUUGUUUAGCUUAUAUAGAGGCACUCCCUAAGCCCCAGAAUGCAACUGUAACCCUUAUUGUGCAGGAUUCUCUUGCAGAAAAUGGUAACCAAGAAGACAGCACGCGGACACGGACUAUUAUACUUGCAGUCACAUUGUCAGUUGGUUUUCUUCUUCUGAUCAUUAUUAUUUUUAUAAUAAUAUACUGCUGCCUAAAAAACAAAGAGUCCACCUAUCAAAAGGAGUUGAGAAAAGUUUCAACUAAGAAAACCAGUGAUGGUAGUGUGAAGACGAGGAGAAGCAGUGGUAAUGAAAAUUCUGGAUACAGUCCAGAGGACCCAGUGUACACAAAACAAAUGCCAAGAAUUGCCCCUCUUCCCCCAAUGGCCUCCAACUUUCAUCGCACAGAAGAAGAUUUAGAAGUCAGUUCCCCAUCAGAGAUCUCAACACAUGUAAGGUGGCAGUCAUCUCAGGUCCCCAGAUCAUCACGUUCUCUUCCAUACCACACUUCCAUUUCACCUGUGCAUCACCUUAAUCAUCAUAGGCAGCAACCUAAGACACAAAACUACAAGAGGCAGCAAACAAGGACCCCUCACUUAAGGAUCAUUUACCCCAGGACCCUGCAAUCCAGAAGCCAGCAUCCACAUACCAGGACCCUGUACCGCCACAAAUACCAACACAGACAUCAACACCCACACACUACGGCCUGGCAUCCCAGAACUCAGCAACUAAAGAGUCAGCACCUACAAACAAACAAACAACAAAUCAGAAGUCAGCACCCACAACCCAGGAUCCACCAGCCCCAGGGGCAGCAAAUCAAGAACCCUCCUGCCAGGACCAAACAAUUUGGGGGUCAGCAACCCCAGUCAAGGUACCAGAAAUCCACAGGCCAGAACCCCCAACUAGUGAUGCAGAAACCAAAGGAUUCUCAUAUGUAAUCCAGGAAUCAUCAAUCCAGAGGCCAGCACCAGCAACUCAAGACUGAACAAACCUGAAGCCCUCACCUGAACUUUAGAUCCAUCAAUCUAGGAGCUGCCCCUUUGAUCUUCCAUACUAUCAAGUGCAGCAGCAUUACUUUUGUUUUUACAAACCUUCUACCUUUUGUUUUGCUCCUCCUUUCAGAUUUAGAAAUUGUUGGUUUUGGCUCCCCUUUCCUCCAUUAUAAUCAGGAAGGUUUUGGUUGGGUCUUCUUUUUUUCAUUUCCUCCAUUUUUGAGUUCCAUGUUUGUGUCUUAUUUCCCUUGUUUAAAAUAAAUUCCAUGUGUUUAGCAUAUUGUAACAUUCUGUACUGACUGAUUUAAACAUUUCUUCUGUACAGUACAUUCCCCAGCCUACAUGAAAAUUAGAUGCAAAGUAUUAGGCAUUUAGGGCCUAAUCUAGCACACAAUGCAGCCAGUAGAAAAACUCCUAUUGACUUCAAUAGGCUUUGGAUCAGGCUUCUGAUUAGGAUCUUAAACCAUGUUGACAUCAAAUUUGGCAUUUACUUUUCAAUGCUUAACAAGGUGCUAUUUUAAAUUACUAGAUGGGAUUUGGUUCCAAAGAUUUUGUUUACAUAGAAGUCCUUGCUCCCUACUCCUUGGAGUAAAGCGCUCAAGAACAUACAGUGUCUCUUUAUAUAAACUGGCAACAUAGAACAGCACAGACAACAGCUGUCAUAAAUUAAUCUCAUCAGAAUAGAAACUAAUGUAAAACGUUCAUAGACUAUGAAUACUGGUUCUUUUGCACAGCAACUGCACUGAUCAGUUCAUACCAUAAGCAAAAGAUUUGGCAAAUCAUCAUAGGGAAAACUAAUGCUGUAGCAUUUAUCAGUUUAAAAAUGAUAUGAUAUAAAUAUUGAGCUAAGGAGAAAAUUGCCAGCAAGCAGAAGACGAGGCCAAGGCAUCUGUGCAGAGGUGCUGGAAAGUCUCCACUGUGAAUGCAUUAGCUAAGGAAAAGCCACAGGAAGAUGAGAGUUGCAGAAUUCUGUUUAAUUGCAUAUUUUGUUACUGUCAGUGAUGAUAAUGAAGUGUGCUUCUUGUUCCCAGUCACAGGGGUAAGCUGUGGACUAAAUUUAUGCUCUGGGAGUAAGAUACUCUCAAUGCAUUUAGCUUUGGUCCUUAGGGUUGUUUCACUUUCUUUGAAGCACUGAUUUCAGUCCUACAUGGCAUGAUGCAAAGUCCACUGAAUUGAAGUUUUUACAUUGACAUCAGUGUUGGGUCAGGACCACAGGUUUUUUUGCCCCAGUAAGAGCUAUGAGAACCAAUUGUAAAGGUGCUGAGCACCCUCGGUGAGGUACUGAGCUCCUUCAAUUCCCCUUGAUUUCAACAGGCAUUGAAAGCACUCAGAACCUUGCAGGACUGGGUGCUCUAGUAAGCAAGCUCCAUAACUGGCCCACUUAAUUACCAUAAAUGCCUCUGAUAGACAAGAUGAUCAUUUUGUAAAAUCAUCUGUAUAUGUAUCGUGGACCAAAUCCAUCCUCAGCGUAAGUCAAUUGCCUUCAGUACAGCUACACCAAGCUUGGAUUUGGCAUAAUAUCUGCAGUCCUUAUUUUUUAAUCUAACGCGAGUCAUAGUUCCAGUAAUGGGGAGGGAUCUGGUUUUCAUUCUAACUACUACAAAUGACAGCAUAUAAAUUAGAAAUAUUAGUUAGUUGCGGUUAUGGUUUUAUGAUGGAAUGAGGCUGGGGUAGUGGCCACAUUUAUUGCAUUACUUAUAACCACAUGGGGACUCUGUGGAUUGUUUGAGAAGAAAAACUGCACUAUCAAAACUGAAUUAAAAGGCCAAUAAAACAGAAAUACAAACCAUGACAGCAAGUAACUUCACAUUUAAGGGUGAAAUGUACCAUUGAGUAUGUCCUGUUAUGAUGUUCAUUGGCCAGUGAAUCUUGAUUAAUAGGACAAGAAAUGGACAUGACACAGUUGAAGAAAACGCGGUUCCAGUUAAUAGACACAAUGAUGAUUAUUUUUUCCAGAUGCCCAGGCAGGGGAGCAAGGUUAUGAUCUUGUUUUGGGCAUGUGCGGGGAGUGACUUUGGGUGAGCAGGAGAGUAUGGCUGAUGGUGUUACACAACUGAGGGUAUGGAGGCAGUCUGUUCUGUGACAUGAUUUUUGUCACAGUGGAUGUUGUGAUAUGGUACAUUUGAAUUAUUGUUAGAGUAUCCAGGCUUUGGGAUGGGUGCUUUUUUUGCUCAUUUAUCCAUUGAAAUAAAUAACUAAAAUAAAAUUUGGAAUUAAAAGAAACAAAUGUGGGUAAGCAACCUUGAAACCUAAAACAAACAGGAGAUGUCCCGUGACCUACAAGCUGGCUGAUACUCAGUCCCACCUCUGGAAUGCACCUGAUUGGCAGAGCUUCCAAAGAGGUCC